GAUAAGUAUCACAGUCACAAACACAAAAGCUUGUUGCAUUGCGUAGUUGAAAGAAAAGUAAAAAUCUAUUAUAUAUUUCAUCACAACUAUAUCAGCAAGGAUGGAGGAGGACCAUUACAUGGUACUGGGCGUGGAUCCCAAAGCCAGCGAGCAGGAAAUUAGGCAGGCCUACAAGCGAAUGGCACUCAUUUACCAUCCGGACAAGAAUCAGCAUCCACGCACCACGGCUUACUUCCGGAAGAUCAAAGACGCAUUCCACGUACUCUCGAAUGCGACGACCAGGAAGGAAUACGAUAAAUCUUUAAGCCGCAGGAAGCCGGAGGCGGAGAGGAGGUAUUCUACUGGAUCUGGAGGUCAGCAACAGGAGGAGUAUGUGGACACACUAUCCAUCAUUGGCGCUGUGGGCGGAUUGCUGGUGGGUCUUUUCAUGGGAUACGGUGCCUUCAAGGCAUUAAACAGCUCGAGUAAUAACAACUAGGUGAUACAUCUAGUCAGCAGUCAGCACAGGAAAUAUUGGCAAUAAAAAAAAAAUUUAUGAAUUAUCAAAAUAUGUUAAUGAUAAAAUGCAGUAAAAAUUUAGGAUGCUUUACGAAUUGAAUGGCGUAAUUCAAAUUUCACAAAUAAACGAAAUGUAUGGUAUGCUGUAACUAAUUGGAAUAAAACGCGCUUUUUUCGCGCUGAAAACAA